CGCCUCUGUUGUAUUGUACCCUUCCAAGCGCUUAAUGCAGCGCUAAGCACAUAGAAAGGGUUCAGUGAAUAUGACCGUAGGCUGUAAGGACCCAGAAAGUGCUCAAUAAAUUUGAUCGACUGUAGACUGUCAGCUCCUUGAGGGCAAGGAACACGCCUAUGAACUGUCGUGUCGGACUCUCCCGAUGCUCAGCGCACGAUAAGUGCUCAGUGAAUACGAUGGAUUGAUUGUGGACCGUAAGGUCCAUGCGGGCAGGGGACGGGCCUCCCAACGCUGUGGUCGCGUCCUCUCGCGAGCACCCGGUACAGCGGCCGGCGAGGGGGUGCUCCGUAGAUGCCCUCGCCGCCGACGGCGCUUUGGUUUUCAGGUGCGCGCGGGCCCGCCGAUGGGGGUGAGCAGGCUGGACGUCCUCUACCGCCGACUCCUCCUCACCAAGCUCUUCAUCCGAGGGUGGGGACGGCCGGAGGAUCUCAAGAGGUUAUUUGAAUUCAGAAAGAUUAUUGGUAAUCGAGAGAAGUGCCAGAACUUGAUUUCAAGAGAUUAUCCGGUGUUCAUUGACAAGGUUGGCGAGCAGACGGACUGUAAGAUCCUGGAUGGGCACUUCAUAUCGCCCAUGGCUCACUACGUGCCCGGCAUUAUGCCCACGGAGUCCGUCGUAGCCAGGUUCCAACUGAUCGUGCCCAAGGAAUGGAAAAGCAAACACCGACCGGUCUGCAUCCACCUGGCCGGCACCGGAGACCACUAUUACUGGAGGCGACGUACUCUGAUGGCUCGACCUAUGAUCAAAGAAGCGGGCAUGGCUUCCCUGUUGUUAGAGAACCCUUAUUAUGGCUGCAGAAAGCCAAAGGACCAAGUGCGGUCGAGCCUGAAGAACGUCUCGGACCUGUUCGUCAUGGGCGGGGCCCUGGUCCUGGAAUCGGCCGCGCUGUUGCACUGGCUGGAGAGGGAAGGCUUCGGACCCCUGGGCCUCACGGGCAUCUCCAUGGGAGGACACAUGGCCUCUCUCGCCGUAACAAACUGGCCCAAGCCGCUGCCCCUCGUCCCCUGUCUGUCCUGGUCGACCGCCUCAGGAGUCUUCACUACGGGGGUGCUGAGCAAAUCCAUUAACUGGCGGGAACUGGAAAAACAGUAUUACACCCAGGCCGUGUACGAAGACGAAAUCGUUCAGAUGCUCGAAUAUUGCGGAACGGACUCGUUCAAAAUGGGCCGGGAGGUGGUGAUGGAGUUCCCGCAGGAGGCGGUCCCCCGGCCCCCCGGGCACCCGCCCCCGCCGGGCCCCCGCGGCCGCCGCCCGGCCGGCCCCUGCCCGCCGCGGGCCGGCCCGGCCGGGGGAAGGAGCGGCGCCCUCCAGAAGGAGUCCCUCCUCUUCAUGAAAGGGGUCAUGGACGAGUGCACCCACGUCGCCAACUUCUCAGUGCCUGUGGACCCAAGCCUGAUCAUCGCGGUGCAGGCCAAAGAAGACGCGUACAUCCCCCGGGCGGGUGUGCGCAGCCUGCAGGAGAUCUGGCCCGGGUGCGAGAUCCGCUACCUGGAGGGCGGCCAUAUCAGCGCCUACCUCUUCAAGCAGGGACUGUUCCGGCAAGCCAUCUACGACGCCUUUGAGCGUUUCCUCCACAAAUACUCUCCGUAGCCGACGGUUAGUCCGGGAUGUGCCGUCCUCCCCUUCCCCCCGUGCGUCUGCCGGGAAGGAAACGUCCGCGUCCGGAAGAUCGGGUCGGAAGCGGCCUUCCCCGUCGCGGUUCUCCCCGGCUUCCGGUCCCGGGCCGAACGGAACCUCUUCAUCCGGGGAGGUUUUGUGGGGACCUUGGGGAUUGGGCUGGCAGCGCCCCAAAGAGCUCGUCCCGGCGAGCCCGAGCUCAUCGUCCACGUCCUUCGGGGCUCCGCUCCGGCGCCAAGUUCCUCGACGAAAUGAGCCGCCGUUAAAUCGCUCUGCGUGGCUCCCCCGUCUCGGUCUGGAACGACGCUCUCAUCCCAUUUCUGACUUCCAGGACGUCUCUCGGAAGGCCUCCCAACCCGUCCGAUGGGCCAGAGUCGCCGUUUGGGGAAGAAAGGAAUCAUCCCUCUGAUCGCCGUUCAGAAACGUUGGUUUGAAGCGGACAUUUCACACCAGCGAAAUGAAAACCUCUUCCAGAUCCGUCCACUUGAGUCGGGCCGGAGAUCCGGAUCAGCGGACGUAAACCCGUGAGAAGGGCAAACGGGACACGAUCGAUUGGAGUCGAUCAGGAUUCCCAGAUCUAAAAUCGAUCGAGUGGCCGGGAAUGAGGACGGGAAGCGCUCUCCGGUUUGGCCGGAAAGGGUUCUACGUGAUCGGGCUUCGACAUAGCAAUAAUUCGGGAAACACACAGAUACUUUGCAUUCACUGAAGGGCGGUAUGUGUUUCUUACGCUUGGGGAUUGUGUUUUGGGGGCGUAUUCAAUUGGAAUGAACAGAGGCGUAGACGAAAGGUGAAUUGUUUCUCCAAAGGAGAGGUUUCAAAUGAUCUCCUUGCAAUGGUUUUCCAACCGGAAGACACUUACUCAUCGGAGGAAAAUAGAUUUCAAAAUAGGAAAAGAUUCAGUAGUGUCCUGAAUCUCCUGAACAGGACACAUACUUGAAAUCGUUGUUAAGCCUCCUGAGAGGUUUCUAUAUGUUUGUCUGUUCAACUUACCCAUUUUUGUAGGGAUGUGCGAAGGAAAUUUGAGGUGAGUUUUUAGCUGUUGCUUUUAUCUGUUAACUGGUGUUUUGCCCGGGGCCGUCCUGAUGGAUUUGGGGCUGGAGUGUUGAAAAGUGACUUCGGUUCUCCGAAUUUCGAAGGCGCCUUUUUAGUACGGUACACUUGAAUGAGUGCCUGUCACUUGAAUUGUCACGGCAUUUUCACGGUUUUGGAAACAUCCAAAUGUCACUCCAGGAGUACUAGCGAAGAAGCGGAUCUCAGGCGGCUGUCCAAAAAUCUUCCCGUUCUUGGGGAAGGCUGUGUUUUUCUAAAAUGAAAUCCGAAAUUCUUCUUCAAGAACCCUGAAGGGGCUUAAAUGAAAUCAGAGCGUUGCCGGGGCUGGAGCUGGGUCAAAGAGCUGGCGUUUUUUUAAACCUGAUCCUGGUCUCUGCGAGCAAAGUAAGGGACGGCGAGUUCUUGCAGCCUGGAUUAAAUGAGAUCAUUCUCAGUUCUGAACACCCUACCUUAUCGGUGCAACCCAAUUGUGGGGAGAUGGAUUUAUCUUUAUUUUUAGGUCCAAGGUGCGCAUCAAAGCAAUGCCCUCCUGAGACUUUAAAGGUGCUGUGGGUAAAAUGACGUCAUUUCUCGAACCCAACUCCCCCCGCCUUCAGUUCACUCUGGGAAAGACCUCUCGGGACCCUUUCGGGUCUUCCCCUCGGCUCCUCAACUCUCUACCCGCGGGCAUUUCCGAGCCGCCCCCCCGAAGGAACGUCCCCCGCCCCGGGUUUGCACAGAGUCACUACAAACACGUCUGUUGAACGGGGUGCAAAAAAUACCCGCCUCCGAGACGAGGGGUGGCUAAAAACCUCCGAUUUGAAAACGGAGAGGGAUUUUAACCCGGGUUGAGCCGUUGCCGGGCAACCCGAAUUUCGAUCGGUGCUCGAAUCGUCCGUCCGAGACCCCGGAAUCGGUUGCCCGUCCGGGUCAACUGGUCUGUUUUUAAGAGAGAGCUUCCUCCCAUCGCUCUGGGAUUUUUAAAAACAAACAACGAAGAACAAAAACAAAACGUGGUGCUCUUCUGCAGCGUCGGUUGAGUCGGCGAUCGGACUUGUUUCGGAUUUUGCAAUAAAAGCCGUCCAAAAGA